GAAGGUUGUAAAUAGUUUUCUGUGACCCAGGUUGGGUGGGAGGACUCAGAAGCCUGACAGGAAGCUCUGGCACUUUGCCCCCUUUCAGUGUUGCUCAGAAAAGUAGACUUCUUUGUGGGAAAGAGGGGGAGUGGUAGCAGCAGGGAAUUGCCAUUUUGGAGCCUGCAAUUUUAAAUUUCUUUUUUAAUGGAAUAUGAGGUGGGUGACCUCAGAGCUGGCAAAAAUGACAGGCCUUGGGAGUCAGAAAUCGCAGUGUGAGAAGAGGGGACAAGACUAGCAUUUCAGUCUAUCCACUUCAACUUGAAAAUUCUUGAGAAAAAAUAACACAAUAUUUGUACGUCAGGAUGGAGCUCAGUUACAGUGGAACAAGGCUUUUGAAAGUGGGUGUGUACAAGAGAAAUACUUUUUUCCUCACCUCUGUGUUUCACUGCUCUCACCACAGUAAACAUCAGUCAUCAGCAUUAAUCUCUUCCCUAUGAAUCUGAAAUGUCUGGGGUAAUACCUAUUUCCUGGAGCUAUAAAAGCCAAAAGUUUCUUAAAAAACAUGAACAUCUCUGCCAAGUCUGUUCGCUUUUUCUACACUUCUGUGAAAUGCACUGGGGAACAUACAUGCUGAAGAUUUACAGUCUGCUGUGUUGAGAGCACAGUGAUGUGCUGAGCAAAACCCUGCUCUCCGUAUUCAUUGCUACAAUGGAAAACUUACUGCUAGUCUUAUGAAAAGAUUUAAUUUUUUAUUAUUAUUUUUUUUCUAAUAGUCUCCUCCUGGUCUUUGUUUGAAUUCUGACGUAAUCCCAAAGUUCUCCACUUACUUUGGUUCAUAAGAUCCUGACAAAGCACUCUAAAUUAUAAUCAUCUGCAGGAUGUUGAAGAGACUGCAUCUCAUGUAAAAAUCUAGGAAGUCUUCAGGGACUGCUUCCCCAGGAGGAAGAUGAAUUGUGAAUAGUAUCUAGGAAGUGAGUGGAUUUUUCCUUCUGUCUUCCUGACAAAUGCACCAAGUUUCUGAGAAACACAAACUGUUUUUCUGAAGUUGUUGAGGCUGAUACGAGCAGAGUGGAGGACAAAUUUUCUUAGCCCUACAAAGCCACCUGGUAUUUGAAAUGCUGAAAAGGAAACUACGGUUUUGCCACAACUCAUGCUUCAGGCUUUUCUUGGGUCUAACUCUGAUUUUAGUAAUCGUUUCAGUUUUGAAAGUUAACCAGAAACCAAACUUCUUAAAUCGGAGACAUCUAGAGCUGACUAAGGAAGACCCUACUGGCAAUAUUAACUGCACCAAGAUAAUAGAGGGUGAUAUAGAAGAAAUUCAAAAGGUGAAGCUUGAGACAUUAUCAAUAUCAUUUAAGAAGCGCCCCAAACUGACAGCCAAUGACUAUAUUAACAUGACAGCAGACUGUGCCUCUUUCACUAAGAUGAGGAAAUACAUUAUGGAACCUCUCAGCAAUGAAGAAGCAGAAUUUCCAAUUGCUUACUCAAUAGUGGUUUAUCACAAAAUCGAGAUGCUUGAUAGACUUCUAAGAUCUAUCUAUGCUCCUCAGAAUUUUUACUGCAUCCAUGUAGACAGAAAGUCUCCAGAAUCCUUUUUUACCGCUGUGAAGGGAAUAGUCUCAUGUUUUGAUAAUGUCUUUAUUUCCAGCCAGUUAGAGAGUGUUGUAUAUGCUUCAUGGAGCAGGGUGCAGGCAGAUAUUAAUUGCAUGAAAGAUCUCUACAGAAGAAGUUCAAACUGGAAAUACCUAAUAAACCUUUGUGGCAUGGACUUUCCUAUAAAGACCAACCAGGAAAUAGUAGAGAAAUUGAAAGCCCUUAAAGGUGAAAACAGCUUGGAGACAGAAAAAAUGCCUGUUUAUAAAGAAGUAAGGUGGAAAAAACACUAUGAGAUUAUUGAUGGUAAGGUAAAGAACACAGGUAUAGACAAACAACUGCCACCUCUCAAUACUCCAAUUUUUUCUGGUAGCGCCUAUUUUGUAGUUAGCAGAAGAUUUGUAGAACAUAUAUUAGAAAGCAGCAAAAUCCUCAAAUUUAUUGAGUGGGCAAAAGACACUUACAGCCCUGAUGAAUACCUGUGGGCAACGAUUCAGAGAAUCCCUGAAGUCCCCGGUGCUGUUUCUUCUAGUGACAAGUACGACGUUUCUGAUAUGAAUGCACUGGCCAGGUUUGUCAAAUGGCAGUACUUUGAAGGAGAUGUGUCUAAAGGUGCACCCUACCCACCGUGCAGCGGAGUUCAUGUUCGGUCUGUCUGUGUGUUUGGGGUAGGAGAUCUGAAAUGGAUGCUGCGAAACCACCACUUCUUUGCUAAUAAGUUUGAUACUGAUGUCGACCCUUUUGCAGUGAAAUGUUUGGAAGAAUAUUUACGACAUAAAGCUUUGUAUCUGCAAAAGAACUGAAAUACUGCACUCUCCAGUUAUGAAACCUAAGUACAAAUAAUAUACAGUACAAAUAAUAUACUACUUUAACAUGCAAUACUGGUGGUGGUGGUGGUGCUGAUAAUGGCUAUGAUGGUUAUCACCACAUUGGUAUGGUGGUGACAAGGCCCUGCCUGGUCCAUGGACAAGUUGGAGAGAAGACAUACCUCUGAAGAUGAGGAUGCCUUGUGUUACACCCUGAGUGUUGGAACUUGGGUACAAAAUCAAAGAUGGCAGAUUUUGGAAGCUCAACUAUUUCAAAUAUUUAUUAUAUAAAUAUGUGUUAUGGUGUGAUUAAUGGGCUUCCUUUGGCUAAACAACUUGUUUGAAGGCCUGGAAAUGAUAUUUUUUUUUCAUGGUUAUUUCUGAUUUUUUUUUUUUUUUUUUUCCCAUGAAUAUAACGCUAGCUGUAAAAGAAAGUGAGGAGAAAAAAGGGGGAAGAAGCAGCGGGACUGCACAAAGUUCAUAUUGAGUGCUGGAAGAUCUCAGGAAAUUAACAUGGGAACUGAUUUGAAAAGUAAACAAAAGGGGAUAUACCAAAGCCAAGUGUCAUCAUUUAACUUAAAUAUGAUUGCUGCAGUUCUGCAAUAUGUAAUUCUUAAUCCUCCUGGAAACUUCAUCUUCAGCAUGGAGUAUUAAGGACUUGUAUUCCUAUUUUUGUAGCAAAAUCUUGCUUUUGUAAUCUUAAGCCUUCCCUGAUAAUGUGAUAUGAAGUUUAUCUACUAGUUCCUAGUUAUAUCAUCUCAGGAAAACUUCAUUUUUGUGCCUGAUGAGAGUUAGACUUGUAAUUUUACACUUACUGUAUCACAAGUCUUACUUCUGAAUCCAGAAUGACUUAAGUUUCUCAAAAACUUAAAAGAAGAAUUGCAGUAGUGUACAAAUGUUACUGAUGGAACUGCGGGUUUCUGCUUUCUGUCAGGCUCAACUUAAAAUCCAGAUACUUUUAACACUAAGUAUGCAAAAAUAAAGUUAUUUUUCUAAA